GGGGGCUACGCUCAGGACAACAUGCAUCAGAUGCACAAGCCCAUGGACUCCAUGCAUGAGAAGGGAAUAACCGACGAUCCUCGCUACAGCCAGAUGAAAGGGAUGGGAAUACGGCCCGGCGGGCACGCGGGAAUGGGUCCUCCUCCGAGCCCGAUGGACCAACACUCUCAAGGUUACCCUUCUCCGCUCGGCGGCUCCGAGCACGCCUCGAGUCCGGUUCCGGCUAACGGUCCGUCCUCUGGCCCUCAGAUGUCCUCGGGCCCCGGAGGAGUCCCCUUGGAUGGCACUGACCCCCAAGCGCUGGGGCAGCAGAACCGGGGCCCGACCCCUUUUAACCAGAACCAGCUGCACCAGCUGAGAGCUCAGAUCAUGGCCUACAAGAUGCUGGCCAGGGGCCAGCCUCUCCCCGACCACCUCCAAAUGGCGGGGCGGGGGGAGAAGAAGCGACCCAUGCCUGGAAUGCAGCAGCAAAUGCCGACACUACCUCCGCCCUCCGUGUCCGGGACAGGACCAGUGCAAGGACCAGUGCAAGGGCCUGGACCGGGACCGACACCUCCAAACUAUAACAGACCUCACG